AUGGAAAACUUAGAGAAUUUGUUCUUACACAAUAAUGAUAUAAUGUCUAUCAAAGGAAUGUUCCUUGGCCUUUUCAACCUCAAGUUUCUCAAAGUGGAUGUCUUCUCUUUAUGUUGUGCCAAACCACGUAGCAUCUAUGAAGUGGAGUGCGUUGCCCCUCAGAAUACAAUAUCUUCUUGUGAGCAGUUAAUCAGUGUUCCUGUUCUAAGUGUUGUUAUCUGGUAUAUGGCAUUUCUGGCUACUUUUGGAAAUAUCGUUGCUCUCAUAAGUAACUUAACUACAUUUAAAGAUAAAGCAUCCAUUGAAUACUUGAUUUUGUCAUUUAAUCUGAGUAUUGCUGAUUUGUUCAUGGGGAUAUAUCUAUAUGUCAUAGCUAUUGUAAAUCUUAUGUAUACUGGUGUAUAUGGGUUUGAGGACUAUAAAUGGCGGCACAGUAGUGUUUGUACUUUUGCAGGGAUAUUAGCUACAAUGUCAAGUGAAGCGUCAGCUCUUUUUGUGUUGCUUAUCACUAUCGACAGAUUGAUAGCAAUCAAACAUCCUUUUUAUCCAAACAAACGAAGAUGGGUCAUCAUGUUAUCUGUAUUCUCAUGGGCUCUUUCUAUUUCUAUAUCUUUAUUUCCUAUUUUGGCUAUGGAGUUGUUAAUCUUUAAAGAUUUUUAUGCCCAGUCUCCUAUAUGUGUAAGUUUACCUUUAUCUGUCCACAGACAAAGUGGUUGGCAAUAUUCCAUGAUCAUUUUUAUUGGGUUGAAUUUCAUUAUUUUCGUUGGUAUCAGCAUUGGACAAUUUCUGAUUAUCUUGGAAGUAAAUAAAUCUGGAAGGAAGAGCCAAGCCUCAAACCGUCGCCGAAGGGAAAUUGCACUAGCCAAGUCUGUUGUUGCCGUAGUGAUCACUGAUCUUCUGUGUUGGGUACCGGUGGGAAUUAUCGGUAUGCUAACGUUUUAUGGUAUUGACAUUUCAUUGGAAGUCUACGCCUGGAUCAUAGUGCUUGUUUUACCGGUGAAUUCUGCUCUUAACCCAAUACUUUAUACUCUGUCGGCCAUCAUACGAGACAGGGGGCGGAGGAAGGUAUUUGAAAGCAAUAUGCAAAGGGAAAAUAAAAUGCUUAUCAACGAAAAUGAUCGUCUCAAACGGCUAUUGAAAUCUUCAAAGUAUUGACAGAAAAGGACAAUAAAGGAACUUAAUGAAGACUCCCAAUAUUGGCAGGAUUUGUUCUCAAGAAAAAAA